AUGGAAGAGUCAAUGAAAAGAACUUUAUCACCCAAGUCAGUUUCCCACGACACAGGCCCGGAAGAUGACAACAAGGCCUGCUACCCUCCACUCAUAGUUCAACCGUGUUCCGAACCGCUAGUCUCAACCAACAACGUCAACAAACUUCUCCUCAUCGACUACUCUCAAAACCGCUUGCUGGCUUGUGGCAGUCUCUAUCAAGGUGUCUGUAAACUACUCCGACUUGAUGACCUCUUCAUCCUGGUUGAGCCAUCUCAUAAAAAAGAGCACUACCUCUCUAGCGUCAACCAAACAGGCACCAUGUACGGGGUGAUUGUGUCUUCGCAAGGCCAAGAUGGCACACUGUUCAUUGGCACCGCGGUUGACGGAAAGCAGGAUUAUUUCCCAACCAUAUCCAGUCGGAAGUUGCCUCGUGAUCCCGAAUCGUCCGCCAUGCUCGACUAUGAAUUGCACACAGAUUUUGUGUCAUCGUUGAUUAAAAUCCCAUCGGACACACUAGCGCUCGUCUCUCAUUUUGACAUCUACUACGUCUAUGGAUUCUCAAGUGGUAGCUUUGUCUACUUUUUGACGGUCCAACCAGAGAUACCAGAAAACAGCAUGUCAUCAAGCGGCUCUCCGAGUGAUCUCUUCUAUACGUCUCGCAUUGUAAGGCUUUGCAAGGACGACCGCAAGUUUCACUCCUACGUAUCAUUACCAAUUGGGUGCGUGAAGAAUGGGAUUGAAUAUAGGCUCUUGCAGGCAGCCUACCUUGGGAAACCAGGCCGUGUUUUGGCAUCUUCAUUGAACAUUAGCGCUCAAGACGAUGUGCUCUUCACCAUUUUCUCCAAAGGCCAAAAGCAGUUCCACCGUCCUCCAGAUGAUUCAGCCCUCUGCAUCUUCACCAUUAAGGAUAUCAACGCUCGCAUCAAGGAUCGGCUGCAGUCCUGCUACCAGGGAGAGGGCAACCUGGAGCUCAACUGGCUGCUCGGCAAGGACGUACAGUGCACCAAAGCGCCUGUGCCCAUCGACGACUCGUUCUGCGGCCUGGACAUAAACCAGCCUCUGGGGGGCUCUCAGCUGGUCACGGGUCACACUCUGUACACGGAGACCAGGGACCGCAUGACCUCAGUCACCUCCUACGUCUACAACGGCUUCUGCGUGGCCUUUGUCGGCACCAAGAGCGGACGCCUGAAGAAGAUUCGUGUGGAUGGACCCCCGCAUGGAGGAGUCCAGUAUGAAACCAUCUCGGUCAUCAAAGACGGCAGCCCAGUGCUCCGAGACAUGGCCUUCUCCCUGGACCGAAAUUACCUUUACGUCAUGUCUGAGAGACAGGUGACCCAGGUGCCGGUGGAGUCGUGUGAGCAAUACAGCACAUGUGGAGAAUGCCUGAGCUCGGGGGACCCCCACUGUGGCUGGUGUGUCCUCCACAACAUCUGCUCCCAGAGGAACCGGUGUGAACGUGCCGACGAGCCGUACCGCUUUGCUGCAUCUUUGAACCAGUGCGUGAAGGCCACCGUCUACCCAGACAGCAUCGCCGUGUCAGAGCCCAGUGUCCCUCUCUUGGUGAAGGUGAGCGAUGUUCCAGACCUCUCCGUCGGCAUCACCUGCUCCUUUGGCAACCUGACCGAGGUGGAGGGCCAGGUCAACGGGAACCAGAUCCUGUGUGUGUCCCCCGCGGCCAAAGACGUGCCACUCAUCCCCACAGACCAAGACUGGUCUGGAGUAGAACUGCGUCUCAACUCCAAAGAGACAGGGCAGAUGCUGAUCAGCACCGAGGUCAAGUUCUACAACUGCAGCGUCCACCAGCUGUGUCUGUCGUGUGUGAACAGUGCCUUCCGGUGCCACUGGUGCAAAUACCGAAACCUGUGCACCCAUGACCCGUCCAGCUGCUCUUUCCAGGAGGGGAGGGUCAACGCCUCAGAGGACUGCCCUCAGCUGGUGCGCUCGGAGGAGAUUCUGAUCCCGGCGGGAGAGGUGAAGCCCAUCACCCUGAAGGCCAAGAACCUGCCCCAGCCCCAGUCCGGACAGAGGGGCUACGAGUGUGUGCUCAACAUCCAGGGGGUCAGCCACCGCGUCACUGCCCUCCGCUUCAACUCCUCCAGUGUGCAGUGUCAGAACAGCUCGUAUCUAUACGAGGGCAUGAAAAUCAGUGAGCUGCCGGUGGAUUUCUCGGUGGUGUGGAAUGGCAACUUCAUUAUUGAUAAUCCGGAGAACAUUCAAGUGCACCUGUACAAAUGUGCGGCUCAGAGGGACAGCUGUGGCCUGUGUCUGAAGGCUGAUCGGAAGUUUGAGUGCGGCUGGUGCAGUGGAGAGGGCCGCUGUACUCUGCGUCACCACUGCCCCCCCAUCAACCCCUACACCACCCGCUGGCUCCACAUGAACACCAAGAACGUCAAGUGUACCAACCCCCGCAUCACCGAGGUGACCCCGAUGGCAGGACCACCGGAGGGAGGCACGCGGGUGACGAUCCUUGGCAGCAACCUGGGCCUGGCCUUCUCCGACAUGGUUAACAACGUGGAGGUGGCAGGAGUCCGCUGCACGCCGGUGGAGGACGGAUACAUCAUCGCAGAGCAGAUUGUGUGUGAGAUGGCCACGGCUCCUCCGGACAGUCGGGCCGGCGCGGUGCAGUUGUGUGUGGGCGACUGCAGACCGGAGCUGCGGGCGCGUUCCUCUCAGCUCUACUCCUUUGUGACCCCAACAGUGAUGGGCCUGUCCCCGAGCAGAGGGCCAGAAUCUGGGGGCACCAAAGUCACUAUCAUGGGAGAGAACCUGGGGGCCGGCAGCAGUGUCACCGUGCGCUUUGGGAACCAGACCUGCGAGUUCUUUGACCGCACUAUGACAGAGAUCGUGUGCUACAGCGCCCCCUCCCUGUCGGGCGUGGGUCCAGUCCAGAUCAGCGUGAGCGUGGACCGUGCUCAGAUCAGAGAAAGCCUCACGUUUGACUACAUCGAUGACCCCACAGUGCAGCGCAUAGAUCCGGACUGGAGCAUCGCCAGUGGCCACACCCCUCUCAUGGUGACAGGAACCAAUCUGGACAUUAUCCAAGAGCCCAGAAUCCGAGUCAAGUAUGCGGGCCGCGAGUCUGUUAAUGAGAAUGUUUGGUCGCUGGGGUUUGUCUAA